UGACGAUAUACAUGACUGUACAUAACUAACAAUAAGUUAGUAUACACAUAGGUUCUUUUUAAACUACAUAAAAUUGAAGUAAUACGUUUGAUUACGAAUAAAGUAAUGUCUGACGACAAAAAAUCAGAAGAUCAAGUAGAAGAUUCGGAGUUAAAUGAUUUAUUAGACAGUGCUUUGGAGGAUUUUAAUAAAAGUUCUACGUUAGAAGAGAAAGAUGAUAAUGGUGUUGAUGCGGCCAAUUCUGUGAUAUCGAAUAAGACAGAAGAGGCAACAUCUAAAGAUGCCGAUAAUUUAUGGAUGGAUUUUUUUAAUCAAGUUUCUAAUGAGUUUUCAGAUAAUUUAAUCCAAAAUGCAUCAGAAACAGAAUUAGGAGCUUCUUUUAAAAAAAUGACUCAGAUGGUUGUUAAUGCCAAUGCUGGUGGAGAAACUGCAGAUGGUGAGCCUAUCAAUGCUGAUUUCCAAUCAGCUAUUGCACAAGCUUUAAAAGACUUAUCCGUUACAUCCGAAAAUUUGCAGAAUGAACCAGAUCUUGCCUCAAUGUUUGGGCAAAUGAAUUUAGAAGAAGGCGCAGGUGAUAUAUUACCAUUUAUGCAGGGCAUGAUGCAAUCCCUUUUAUCUAAAGAAAUAUUAUAUCCAUCAUUAAAAGAACUAGUAGAUAAAUAUCCUGAAUGGUUGGAACAGAAAAAAGCAACAUUACCUUCGGCUGAUCUACAAAGAUAUACUAAACAAUUAGAACUAAUGCAAAAGAUUUGUAAUGAAUUAGAAAAAGAACAGAGUACUGAUACAGACGAAGCUAAAAGAAGACGUUUUGAAGUAAUAUUGUCUCUUAUGCAAGAUAUGCAAACUUAUGGCCAUCCUCCUGAAGAACUUAUUGGAGAACAUCCAGCUCUUUUCCAAUUCGACUCUGAUGGUAAUCCUAUUAUUCAAUCAUUACCUCCUGGAGUAGAAACUCCACAAGAUUGUUGUAUUAUGUAAAUAUGAUUACGUUGUGUAGAUUUUUCUAUAUAAAUGAACAUACCCAUUUUAU